GGUCUGCGCAUGCGCAAACUGCACAGUCAGCUACCCGCAAUGGAAGAUGUACCAUUAGCUCUAGUCGAAAAUUUUAUGAAGAGUGGAUUGACAUACGAUGAAAUAAGUUCUGAAUUGCGUGAAAGAUUUCCUGACAGGAGAGGUUUAUCAUCGAGGACAGUCAGGAGGUAUUGUAAAACAAAUAACCUCACCCACAUGACGAGUCGAGAGCUACAAGAUCUAGUUGAGCAGGCAAUUACGGAGGUUGGGUCUUUAUAUGGUCGUAAACUUAUGACUGGAUACCUUUUCUCAAAAGGCUACCGUGUUUCACAACCCAGAGUUGCAUCCGCAUUAUGGGAAGUUGCUCCUGAGGCUUAUGAAGGCAGGAGAAAUGAUUUGCUAGAGAGAAGUAAUCCAGUUCCCUAUCACGCCUGCCAUUUUGGUCACAAAAUACAUAUGGAUCAGAACGAAAAGUUGUCAUUGUUUGGCGUUACAUCUGUCAUUGCUAGAGACGGCUAUUCUGGUAAAAUCGUAGCAUUUGGAAUCAUGCCGGUGAAAAAUUGUAUUGCAAUAUAUGACCUUGUUUUCAGGAAAGCUGUGAUUGAAAAUGGACUGUGGCACCAGGUUAGGGUUGACCAUGGUAGAGAGUUCUAUUUAGUUUUGAGGAUCCAAGAUCAUCUGCGUACAAACCGUGGUCCUCGUAGUAUAGCAUCAUAUGUACAGUCACCUUCAACUGAGAAUUUGACUAUUGAGAGAAUCUGGCCGGAAGUGAACUCCCGAGUGAAUUACCCUAUUAAGAGGUUGCUGUUAGCAAUGGCUGAAAGUGGCACUAUAAACAUGGAAAGUGACAUGCAUAAGUUUUGUGUGUCAUUUGUCUCAUGCCAAGUUGCUCAUGUUGGAAUUAAGAGAUUUGUAGAGUCUUGGAAUUAUCAUGCAAUCCCAGGGAAAGGUAUUCCAGAAGCGCUAUCUCGCCAAAACAAUUAUAUUUCAGCGAUUGAUGCAGCAGACAUCCCAAGUGUGGAAGAGGCUAUUGAUCUUUACGAAUCUGAAGGAGGCUCUUUGCAGAGAUACAGUUACUUUGGCCUUGAUCCUCUUUCACAGAGGCCUGACUUAGUUCUCAGACGAGAUGAAAUGAUGAAGCGUGCUAAUCCAAGUUUUUCUGACAUAUUUACUAAUAUUAUUGCUGGAGAUGGAAUGUAUUUUGAAAACAUCAUUUUAUUUUGCAUUUCUGUAACCAAUCAUUUGUCUUCACUUUUUUAGAAGUUAUAAUUGUAGUA